CAGCAUGUUGUAUGACGCUUUUAUUCUGAAGGUCAAAAGCUGCAGAUAAACAGAGCAACAGAGCAACCAUCAGCUGAUCGCUACCGGCUGGUUUUUUGGUGUCGCCGUCUUUGGUGUCGCCGCUGCUUAUUAAAGAGCUGCGGACAUUAUAUUUAAAGGUGCUGAAAGUUACCCAGAGAAUCAAAUCAGUCAAAACCAGACUGAAGUAACACAGACAUGGCCCCGACACUGUAUGAUGAGAAACCAGAGGUUGGGGACUUGAUUGAGAUCUUCCGGGGCUCCUAUCAGCACUGGGCUGUGUAUGUUGGAGAUGGCUUCAUUGUUCACAUGGCACCACCCACUGAGACCCCGGGUGCAGGCGCCAACAGUAUGAUGUCUGUGCUGACGGAGAAGGCUGUGGUGAAGAAAGAGGAGCUGUGGGACGUGGUGGGAACCAGCCAGUGGAUUAUCAACAACGGCCUGGACAAGGAGUACAAGCCCCGCGAGGCUCACAUCAUCGUCAGGGAGGCGAACGCCAAGGUGGGCAGUGAGCUGCCGUACUGCGUCUUCAGGGAGAACUGUGAGCACUUUGUGAACGAGCUGCGCUACGGAAAGGCUGAGUCAAGACAGGUGCGUAAAGCAGGAGAAACCGCCAUGGUUGCAGGCGUGGCUGCAGUGGUCGGUCUGGGGAUCGUGGCGCUGGCCGGCGCUCUGUUUGGAGGCAGCAAAAAGGAAAACAAGAACACACAGUGAUUGAAGUCCUGAGUCGUCUUCAGGGACUUGAUGAACGAAUCACCAGCAAAGCCUAACUGGUACAAAUUGUGAUAACUUACAGAAAACACUUAGUUUGUGUCAUUUAGCUUGAUUUGUAUCUUGCAAAGUCAACUUUUACCUCCAUCUGUCCCUCAUGCCUUCUUUGGCUUGAAUAACAUAGCAGAGCUGGUUGGUGCGGGAUCAAGGCCCUGUAUUUUUCAGACUUUUUAAAAUUUCUACUGACACAAGCACAAACAGUAUUUCCACUAAAUAAGUUGCCAAAUUGAAAUGUUUAAAUGUUUUAAUAUAAAGAUUUUGAAUAUUAAUAUAGAUAUUUUUUGGGAUUGUGAGAGAUCAGCAGUUCUUUUCUAUGGAUACAAAAAAACAAAUGUUUCUGCUGCUAGUUGCUUAUGAAGAAUGUUCCAUAAUUAAAAUAAGCUAAUGAUGAAGGAUAUUGUUAAAUCUCACAUAGAAGCCAUGCUACUUGAAAUGCACUACAGUAACAGUACCUUAAUGAACUGUGGGUCCUGGAGUGAAAGGAGACAUGUGGACUGAACUCAUCAACACUUCUGCAGUUUUCUUAAGACGCUUUAUUUCUAAUGAGUUCCCACAUUAACUAGAAUUCAUAACACUUUGUCUUCCUCUGACAUUUGUUCGUAAAUGUUUUGAAUAAAGAAUAAUUUGUGUUGA